AAGUCUCUCACCAGUCUCCUCUUCUCUGCGCCUUUGCCUUCCCAAAAAAGCCAAGCUUGUCUCUGUAGAAUCAUACUCCCGAUAAUCCGACUACUUUUCUUACUAUCAAUUUACGAUCAUCAUCAUCAUCAUCCGAUAUCCUUCCAGAGUAAUCUCAUUUCUGAUUAUAAUCUUUCAUAUUCGAUCAUACAGAUUGAUAGAUUGAUAGAUUGAUAGAUAGAUACUCUCUAUGCGUCAAAUGAGAAAGCGAAAGCUCAUCUGCUAGCUAACCUAGAUUGUCAACUCAACGCAUUUGCGGUCUGCUUGCUUGCCAUCGGAAACCAUCGGAGAUCGCGAUGUCGGUGGUGAGAUAAGUGUUUAUUUCCUUUAUCGUUAUAAUGAAUGGGAGAGCAAGUUAUGUGCCGGCUUCUUCAGGUCGGUAUGGACAGAAGAUCACCAAGGUGUGGAGACCUGUUGUUUCGCAGCAGCAGCAGCAGCAGACGAAGUCGGAGGAAACAACACCUGCUCCAGAAGAUACAAGCACGAAGACUUCUCCAUCUCCCUCUCCCUCUCCCUCUCCCUCUCGUCAAUUUAAUGGUGAAGAUUAUUCCAGGAGAAGAUAUCCGAGACGGGGAAAACGAUAUGAAACGAAACCACAGAAUAACGUUUCGGAUACCAAAGGACAAACUGGCACUGGCACUGGCACUAGCAAGCAGCAAUGGAUAAGGAAGGGUUCGAAAAGCGAAGAGUCGGUAUCCGGUAAAGAAGCUAACACCAAUAGUGGUAAUAACGACAGACGUUUCAGAAAUCAUUAUGAUCAUAAAUAUACUGGUGUGAGUUCAAGCGAGAAGAAAGAAGAGAGCGGGUUUAAGGAGCGGGCUUCUUCUGCUUAUAGUGCACAAGGUGUUGGAGAGAGGACUUUCAUUUCUGCACGGUGUUGCAUUUCGAAACCAGAACUUGAAACCCCUCAACAGGAUAGUAUAAACUGUACUAUGAGAAAGGAUGAUCCUGUGCAGCAGAGAAAAAGUGAUGUGAUUUUAGAAGCUUGUGCUAAAUGGAGAAUCUGGGGUAACCAAGCUUAUGCAGAUAAAAAACUUUGUAAAGCUGAGGAAUUCUAUACAGAGGGUAUUAACUCUAUUCCUAUUGAUGAGAGGACAGGAUGCUACCUGAAGCCUCUUGUUCUCUGCUACAGCAAUCGUGCUGCAGUGAGGAUGGCUAGUAACAGAAUAAGGGAAGCUUUAGAAGACUGUAAGACUGCUGCUUCAUUGGAUCCUAGCUUUCUUAAAGUUCAAAUUAGAGCUGCAAAAUGCCAUCUUUCACUGGGUGAAGUUGAAGAUGCUCUUUCAACAUUCAGGACUUGUAUGGAAUCAGGUAAUGCUGUGUACUUGGAUCAAAAACUUUCAAUGGAAGCUGCUAAUGGUAUAAAGAAGGCGGAGAAAGUUGCCGAAUAUCUGGAUUCAUGUAAUGGACUUUUUCAACAGAUGUCUCCUAGUGCUGCAACAAGUGCUUUGUCAAUAAUUUCGGAGGCCUUAUCAAUUUGUUUUCAUUCUGAGAGGUUGCUUGAAAUGAAAGGGGAGGCUUUAUUUAUGCUGCGGAGGUAUGAAGAUGUGAUCCAACUAUGCGAGCAGACUCUUGAUUUUGCUGUGGUGAAUUUCCCCCUAAAAGGCAGCCAAGAUGUGUCCAGAAACUUGUCCGUGGAAUUUUGGAGGUCACUUCUAACUUUCAAGUGCCAUUUCCAUAUGGGGAGGCUUGAAUUGGCUAUAGAUGUGUUGGAGCAGCUGGAGAAAAUGAGAUCUGCAGGAGACAUGUAUAGAAGCAACAAUAUGAAGUUUUCAAUUCCUUCAGUUCUCACUCUGCGAGGUGUCCUGGAUAGUAAGGAAGCUGGGAAUGAAGCAUUUAAUUCAGGGAGAUAUGAAGAUGCAGUAGAGCAUUAUACCAAUUCCAUAGUGAACGGCAUACAGUCUCGUCCAUUUGCAGCUAUCUGUUUCUGCAACCGGUCUGCUGCAUAUAAUGCGCUAAACCAAAUUGCAGAUGCUAUUGCUGACUGCAGCUUAGCAAUUGCCCUUGAUGAAAAUUACAUAAAGCCACUUUCUAGAAGGGCCGCCUUGCAUGAGAGGAUUGGAGAUUAUGGUCAAGCCACUACUGACUUGCAGACACUUGUAUCCAUUCUGGAAAAGAAAUUAAAUGGCAAUGUCCAAAUAUAUAGUCUAUUUGAUCGGGCCAUGGACCACGAUCUAGGAGCACUAAGUGAAGUUCGUGGACGACUUUUUGUAGUGCAAGAAAAGGCUAAAAGAACACCCUCCUUGAAGCACCACCUCAUUUUGGGGCUUAUGAAUUCAACUGAUAAAAGUGAAAUAAGAAAAGCAUACAGGAAAUUGGCAUUGAGACAUCACCCAGACAAGGCUGGUCAAAUCUUAGCAAGAAAUGAAAAUGGAGAAGACAUGCAAGAUUGGAAGGAAAUUGCUGAUAAAGUAUACAAAGAUGCUGACAGACUUUUUAAGUUGAUUGGAGAGGCAAAUACAGUACUUACAGAUCGAUCUAAGCAGCAUUCAUUUUUUGAAUUCUGGGAUUGAGUGAUUACAAAUUGAGCUCACUCCAGCAGUUAAGGAAUAGUAAUAAUAAUAUGUGAAGAAUGUGACCGUGGAUGUUUUGCCCAGAAGGUAAAGUGGUCUAAUUCACAACACAUUUCCAACUACCUUUCUAUACUGUUGAAUAUAUAAUGUUUCUUACUGGAUUUGAAAAAGAAGCUCUUAGGACUUAUUAGUCUUUUUUUUUUCUUCUUCUUUUUGGCUCAUAAUGUUUUCUCUUGUAUAUAUCCAUGUUUUGUGAGCCGGAAUGAGGAAUGACUAAUAU